CACUGACUACUGAUAGCCGUACAUCAAGUUUUAUAGUCCUAACAAAAAAAACCUAUUGCCGCAGACAUGUUUCGCAGAUCGUUUUCUAGUACAGAGGAGUUCCACAUGUGCUCGAAUAUGCAUGGGGUGAGCUACAUCGGGAGCAGCAGCAGCAGCGACAGCGGUAGCAGCAGCAGUUCCGAAUCCAUGGAUGAGCUGGAUGAAAACUACUAUAUGAAUCGGCCCCCUUCGAUCUUCAGCAACAAUCGUCCAAUCAAUCUGACGUUACCGACGAACACGAUGUUCCUCUCCGCCACCGAAAACCUGUCCAUCGGCUCGUACUCGUCCAGAGAAAGGUACGCGAAUGUGCUGAAGCAGCAUCAAGAGGAUGAUAAGUCCGAGGCUGAAGCCAUGAGCAAAUCUAAGAAGGACACGUCAACGAAGUUCCCAAACAAUGUCCUCCUCGCCACCGAAAACCUGUCCAUCGGCUCGAAUGUGCUGAAGCGUGAGGCUGAAGCCAUGAGCAAAUCUAAGAAGGACAUGGAGAACAAGACGAAGGAAAACGUUGUUAUCUCAGAAAAUCAGUCGUCGGAUGAUUGGAUUACACCGAAGGGGAUAAAAUUAAUGAAGAUGCAGAGCGUCUCCGAGAAUGCGAAAAACAUGUUCAGCGUUCUGCUGGACAUUUCCACCGACGAAGAGAAAGUUGAAGAGGCUGUGGAUAGCGGCGAUAAGAAGGAGCAGCAUCAAUGCAGCGCAUCGCAGGAGACGUUGACGAAGAAGCGAAAUGGAAAGCGGAGGAAGAAGAGGGCUGAGAGAAAGAGGGCGGCCGCCAACGUGGAGCAAGACUUGAACGUUGUUAAGCAUAAGAUGAAAGAGGUAAAGCAGCAGAGCAAACCUAACGGUACGAGGAUGUCUAAUAAUACGGAGAGGUGUUCGAAACAGCAACCGGAACUGCCGCAGUUCACCGACGGCGAAGUGAAGAAGUUAGUGUCCACGAGGAACGUGGAAUCUCGUGGGGAUCUACAGAAGAUGACUAAAUUGUAUAAGAAAAUCGAGAAGAAGGCAAAUAAAUUCAACAAGAAACUGUUCAAAAGGCUGAAGGCUCGGUCGUAUAUUACGAUACUGCUGUACGAAACGCCCAAGAAGACAACUAUGAAAGAUCUGGUGACCGAUGGGCUGUUCGACUUCAGGUGUUUGCGCAGAGAGAACAUCUACAAUCCCUACUACUUUGACACCAAAUUCACCGUCUGCGAUGUUAACCACCACUUCUGAACCGUAAACUUUUUUGAAAAUAUUUAUAUUCAAUCUUAAAUUAGAAAUAUUCCAUGAUUUUCUACUUUGAAGAAAUCAUCGUUGCUACAACACGAGUUUCACCGUCUUCGAUUAACUGAAUCUGUACACAGAUAUAUUAAAAAGUCCACGAGAGACGAUAUAUGGAUGUAGUUUUAUAUAAAUGUUUUACAUUAUACUGCGUGCGUACCUAAGGUCGGACUUGCUUGACUUGCUUGAACUUCAGCAAGUUUAAUUCUAUUUGGUCGCGUCCGACUUAAUAAUAUUAAGAUUUUGAUAUUUAUGUAUAUAUAAAGAUGAAAAUGAGAAAUUA